AAAACUAACGCAAAUUUGAUUGGGAAAGCAACGCCCCAUCGUAUCAAAUCUCAGCCCCCUUUUAGAUUUGGGGCUGUUGCACGGGGUUCUCGAGGACCGGGCCGCUUCAAUAAUAAAGCGGCGAUGCUGUGAAGUGGCAAGUACCCCAUUUUGGGUCCGUGGGCAUGCAGCAGCGGCCACCAAAGUGCGACGGGGCGUAGGCCGUCCGUGCCUGGACUCGGACUCCUGUGAUCGAUUUAUUGUCGGGGUCAGAAACUUGAAAUCAUGGAUCUUGCAGAGAUGAUGAAAACCAUGAUGGCCAAGGAAUCUGGUUCUGCCACUGCGGUAAAUUCAGCUGUCGCUGGUCCUGCUGCAGUGGGCAGCCCUACUAUCAUGGCAGGAGCUGUUGGACCUGGCACUGGACCUGCACCCAACAGUCAGUCAAGCACUUCAAGCACACCCUUCGGCACAACCUACAUUACAGAAAAGCUGUACACUGUACUGCAAAUGUAUCUGCAGCAUAAAGGCUGGAACUCAGUGGAGCUCUUGCAAUGCUUUGCUGAGAUGAAAGAAGCUGCUAUGAUUCCCAAUGCAGCAGCAUAUUUGCAGAUGAUGGCAUCAAGGGUAACACUGGACACGCAAGCAAGGCUUGUGCACAGAGAAAAUGGUAAACUUAUUCUGCCAUUUGAGCAUUUUGCCAAUGCUGUCAUGUUAAAGCAUAUAAAUAGACCUCACACCAUGCAUUUGAAUUUGGAAGCAACUGUUAGAGCUGUAAUGGAGUCCUAUACCAUUGGCCGUGACUAUUUUGGCAUGGAGAAAGAAUUCAUUUAUGAAGUGGUGCAGAAUUGCCCUGAAUGUCGCUAUUAUAAAAGCCAGAUGCCAUCAUAUCAUACACUUCCUGAAACCAAUGAUAAGACAUCUAAGGGAAUGAAAGACCUUAUGCCAAAUCCUCAAAGGCAACAUCAAGACUACAAGUCAGCUUCCAGAGGUCAGAUGCCUCAAUCACUUGCUGAUGCAAAUCUUUUGAGAGGUGGAGUUGGGACUCCUGCAUCAUUCUCAAAGCCCCCUUCAGCACCUGAAUAUUCGCAGUCCAUGGACCUUGGAAGUCAAUCCAUGGGAGAUCUUAAAACAGUCAACGCCAUGCUUGAGUUGAGUAGAGCAAAGGCAGCUGCUGCAGCAGCUGCAGCUGCAGCCACCACGCAUCCGAGUCGCAGCAACACUCCAGCACCAACAAGAGCUCAGCUUCUGAAUGCCGCUGUUGCCGCCCAACAGCAGCAACUUUUGGCAGAAAAAGCUGUCCGUAAUCUUCAACAGGAAAAGCAGCAACACCAGCUGCAACAUCUGCAGCAACAGCAACAACAACAGUUACAGUUACAGCAACAGCAACAGUUACACCAGCAGCAGAUUCAACUUCAGCUUCAACAGAUGCAACAGCAGCAAAUUCAACAGCAGCAGCAGCAGCAACAGCAACAAAAGUUGCUUCAACAGCAAAAGUUAUUGGAUCAAUUUCCCACUAUGGUGGACCCAAAAUUAACUGACUUCAUGCGGUCAAGCUUAGACAAUUUAGACAACUUCUCCAGCUCAAAUAAAGACUUACUUGCGUUGCACAAUGGAGCCUGGUCUUCUCAUGAUGAUCAAAGCUCUUACAAAAGAUCUUCAAGCAUGGAAGGCGGACAAGAAAAAAUUGUUCGAGCAUUUGCAGAGGUGAUGAGAAACUUGCACCGCAUGAAAAUGUGUAUUAAACCAUCAAUGUGCAAGCCCUAUGGAAAGCAGUCAGAAAUGCUGCAAAAGACUCUGGAAGACACAUUACUACUAGUUCAGGCGAUGCGAUCUUUCUUGCCUCCUCCUCAGUACUAGUUAUUGUUGAAAGGCGUGGGAAGCUACCAAUACUUUGGCAUGUUGCGCUUCCAAGUGUGUUUCGUGACUCCUCCCCCUCCCCCAAUUAUUUCUUAUCAGAACCAAUUCAUUCAGCUGUAUUACAUUAUUGCACUUUUAUUUGCAAUGUGUUGAAUACUACUGUGUCAACAUUUCCAUAUCUU